UGGGCGCCCUCUGGUAAACAAUUGUUAAACGCCUAAUUCGUACCUCCGUGAAUCAAUCCGUCUUUGUAAAGGCUGGCCCAGGGGUACAGAAUAUUGGGCUGUACGUUAGGGCCAACCUUACUCCCAUAGUUGUUCUUAAACUUCUGAAUCCAGAUCCAUUUUAAAAGCUUUGAAACCAAUCACAUUUAGACAAAAAGUUGAAUUGAAGGCAGCGAAAAAAAUUAUUCGAAAGUAUAAGCUAGUAAACCGUGAGCUUCUUUUGUCUUGUCUGAGUUCACUUUGAACGACCCUUGGGACAAGAACCACUUGUGUAGGCCUUGGACCAGCGUUCUGGAUUUCUUGAAGCCAUCUUUGGUUAAAAAACACAAUCACCAACUCCGCCCAUCAAAAUGCCCAGCUCAGUGGCUUUUGAGGCCAACCUCUCGUUUCCCACCUCUAAUCAAGUCAUUAAGGAGACCUUAACGAAAUGUCCGGAACCAAUUCCCAAUUAUGGAGACCCAAAUUCGGAUUUGUCUCAAACUUUUAUUGGAGGGAUCAUGGAGCGCAUUCUCCAGCCCACUCAAGACAAAAACGCCACCCACCUAAAUUUGUCCCAUUUGAAUUUGAAAAUCUUUCCCAUUGUGGUUCAAAAGCUAAAAUUACUUCAAUAUCUGGAUCUCUCUCACAAUCAGUUUGAUGCCACCGAGUUCAAAGGAAUCAAUUCAUGUUGGAUUGGUGUCAAGAGUCUUCAUCAUUUGAGGACGGUGGUACUUGAGAACUGCCACUUAAUAGAACUACCUGCAGCUUUCCUCCAAUGCAAAAAUCUUCGAGUGCUAAGACUUCAUGGCAACCGGAUUGAUCGUCUAAAUCAUUCAUUCACGGAUUUAAGAUGGCUGGAAGAGCUGGAUCUCUCAUCCAAUCGUUUGACUGGUGUGCCAGAGGCAGUCAAGAACUUGGUCAACAUGACCCAUCUUAAUCUGAGUGGAAAUAAGCUGGAGUUCUUUCCCGAGGAGAUUCUGCACAUCUCAACUUUGGAAUCAAUGAAUUUGAACCAGAACCGGAUCCUGUUCCUGCCCAAUGAUCUGGACAAGUUGAUCAAUCUGAAGACUCUCAGAGUGGCUCAUAAUAAAUUGGAUGGCCUUCCCCGUUCGAUUCCAAAUCAACUGACUUGUCUGGAUGUGUUUGACAAUGGUUUAUUUUUGGACUCUGUCAGUAAAUUUUUGGAAGGUCUGGAGGAAUUCGACGCCGACUUUAAUUAUUUCCAGAUCUCUUGGAAGCACUAUCCAAAUCAAAAGAACAAACUAAGAUCCGGUUUGAAAGAACUCGAAGCUAUGCAUCGCUUCAAAUUCCCAUCCACCAAGAAAUAUAUGGGCGAGAAAUAUGACAGCAUCGUUGGAGAAGUCCAAGAUUCUCCAUGCAGCUCUGACCAUUGGGAUACUUCAAUUGAAACGACUUCCCAAAGUCUUCCCCCGUGUAUGCCAAUCCUUCAUCAUGCCCCAUUCAUCCAAAGAUAUUACAAAAGAGAAUAUGACCCUGAAGGCUCCGAGGCCUGUUUUGAAGACGCGGACUAGAAAGCGCCGAAUCCGUGACAAUUGUUUCCAUGUUUCCAAUGAUUUUCAUCGUUAUGCCAAAGCUCAACACCGCGAAUGAGAGAUGCCUGUCAAUGGUAAUCCUUUAUCGCUUCAUUGGAAAAUGUUCUGUGGACACGUUCUGGCGACUCGAAGCAAAUUACACUUUAAUCCUUUAAA